ACUUUACUUUAGCUAAAUUAUCAGACACAAUGGUUAACGUUCCAAAAGUCAGAAAGACCUACUGUAAGGGUAAGGAAUGUCGUAAGCACACCCAACACAAGGUUACCCAAUACAAGGCCGGUAAGGCUUCUUUGUUUGCCCAAGGUAAGAGAAGAUAUGACCGUAAGCAAAAGGGUUACGGUGGUCAAACCAAGCCAGUUUUCCACAAGAAGGCUAAGACUACCAAGAAGGUUGUCUUGAGAUUGGAAUGUGUUGUUUGCAAGACCAAGGCUCAAUUGUCCUUGAAGAGAUGUAAGCACUUCGAAUUGGGUGGUGACAAGAAGCAAAAGGGUCAAGCCUUGCAAUUUUAAGUCUAUUCUAAUUAUGUUGACGUUCAAAUUAUUUGUGUAAGCAUUUAUAUAUAUAUUUGCAAGUGUUUUCGCAUGGUUUUUAUAACUUAGAGUUUUGUAAUAAAAAAUUGUAUGACAAACAGAAAA